AUGGCUGCCACGUUUACCUCCCCUCCUCACCACAUAAAGGCACCUACACCUCUCCCCAAACCACUCACAACACCAUCUAUCUUUCUCUCGGGCAGCAUCUCCCCACCAAAUACGCCUUGUUGGCGUAGUCGCCUCAUAAACUCGCUCUCCCAUCUCCCUAUCACGAUCCUCGAUCCUCUCCGUCCAGACUGGGAUUCCAGCUGGAAAGAGGAGCCCUCCUCUCCGCAAUUUCUCGAACAGGUCUCGUGGGAGCUUCAUGCGCUGGAGCAAGCGGAUAUUGUAGCAAUAUAUUUUGGGGCGGAGACAACGGCACCAGUUACCCUGUUAGAGUUUGGUUUUGCUGCGGGCAAGGGGAAGAGGGUUGUCGUUUGUUGUCAGGAGGGUUAUCAGAAGAGGGGGAACGUGCAAAUCCUCUGUGAUAAAUUGGGGAUUGACGUUGUCCCUCGCCCCGAGAAUUUCCCUGACGGGAUCAUCAAGGCUUUGCAGGAAUUCGACAUUGGCGCUCAGAGGCAGGCAUGA